AUGCCGACCGAAUUCAUCAGUCUCACCUUCCCUACCCCUUCCACGGAGAUCGAUCCGAUCCCUAAUGCCGCUAUUGACCUGGCAUUCCUUGAGCGCUAUGCUCGCAACCUAGAUGAUUACGCGUAUAACUACACGCUCGUGCCCUACGAUAGCUCUUACUUUGACCCGUGGACGGUUGGUGCCACCAUCGCCGCGCUCACCAAAAAUAUCAAGAUCAUCAUUGCUUUGCGACCAAACACUCUAUACCCGACGGUGGCCGCCAAAGCCCUAGCAACCCUGGAUCAGCUUAGCUCCGGUCGCGCCGUUGUCCAUUUUAUUGCUGGUGGCAGCGAUGCCGAUCAGGCCAGGGAGGGCGACUUCCUCAACAAGGAGCAGCGUUACGGUCGGUUGGAGGAUUACAUCAAGAUCCUUCGCCGGGCCUGGGAGUCUGCAGAGCCAUUCGACUGGGAGAGUCCUUACUAUACCUUCAAAGGCUUUAGCAACCGCGUUCGACCGGUGAACGGCACAGUCCCCGUCUCGGUCGGAGGUUCAAGUGACGAAGCCUACCGCAUUGGCGGCUCUCUCGCGGACAUCUUCGGUCUGUGGGGCGAGCCCUUGAAGGAGACCAAGGAGCAAAUCGAUCGCAUCUAUGCCGAAUCAGAGAAGGCAGGGCGUACCGACCGGCCUCGUGUCUGGGUGACGUUCCGACCCAUCGUCGCCGAGACGGACGACCUGGCCUGGGCCAAGGCACACCGCACCCUGGAAGCCCUGCAGAAGCACCGCGCCGCCGGCCUCGGUAAAGCGCCUGCGAAUGCACCUCCACCUCAAAACGUCGGAUCGCAGCGCCUGCUCGACAUUGCGUCCCGGGGUGAAGUCCAGGACCGCGCCCUGUGGUAUCCGACCGUCACCGCGACGAAUGCGCGCGGCGCCUCGACUGCUCUUGUUGGAUCCUGGGAAACCGUUUCCGAAUCGAUCCUCGACUAUGUUGAGCUUGGUGCCGACCUGAUCUCGAUACGAGGCUACGACAACCUCAACGAUGCGAUCGACUACGGGCGCUACAUCAUCCCGCGGGUGCGGGAGGAGUUGAAGAAGCGGGGGUUGCAAUAG